GGAGCGGGUUCCAGGCUGUGCGACGUUGGGUGACGGCGCUAAGGACCCGGUCCGCGUCCGACCCCGGGUCGCCUCCCUGGCCGUUCCCUGGGCCCAGCGUCCCCUCCCCCGCCGGCGGGGCACAGACUGAAGAUGGUGCAGAGGAGAACAGCCGAACUUCAGGGCUUCCACCGUUCCUUCAAGGGGCAGAAUCCCUUCGAGCUGGCCUUCUCACUAGACUCGGCCCAGCACAGGCACACAGACUUCAGCCCACAGUGCGAGACACGCCCUGACAUGCCUGCCAGCCAGCCCAUUGACAUCCCAGAUGCCAAAAAGAGAGGCCGAAAAAAGAAGAGGUGUCGGGCUACCGACAGCUUCUCUGGCCGUUUUGAAGAUGUCUACCAACUGCGGGAAGACGUGCUGGGGGAAGGGGCUCAUGCCCGUGUGCAGACCUGCAUCAACCUCAUCACCAACCAGGAGUACGCAGUCAAGAUCAUUGAGAAGCAGCUGGGUCAUACCCGCAGCCGGGUGUUCCGGGAGGUGGAGAUGCUGUAUCAGUGCCAGGGACACAGGAAUGUUCUAGAGCUGAUUGAAUUCUUUGAGGAGGAGGACCGCUUCUACCUGGUGUUUGAGAAGAUGCGCGGAGGCUCCAUCCUCAGCCACAUCCACAGGAGGCGGCACUUCAACGAGCUGGAAGCCAGCGUGGUGGUACAGGAUGUGGCUAGUGCCCUGGACUUCCUGCACAACAAAGGCAUUGCCCACAGGGACCUAAAGCCAGAGAACAUUCUGUGUGAGCACCCCAACCAGGUCUCCCCUGUGAAGAUCUGUGACUUCGACCUAGGCAGCGGCAUCAAACUCAACGGAGACUGCUCCCCCAUCUCCACGCCAGAGCUGCUCACCCCGUGUGGCUCUGCGGAGUACAUGGCCCCGGAGGUGGUAGAGGCCUUCAGCGAAGAGGCCAGCAUCUAUGACAAGCGAUGCGACCUGUGGAGCCUGGGCGUCAUCCUCUACAUCCUACUCAGCGGUUACCCACCCUUUGUGGGCCACUGUGGCAGCGACUGCGGCUGGGACCGUGGCGAGGCCUGCCCUGCCUGCCAGAACAUGCUGUUUGAGAGCAUCCAGGCUGGCAAAUAUGAGUUCCCCGACAAGGACUGGGCCCACAUCUCCUUCGCUGCCAAAGACCUCAUCUCCAAGCUGCUGGUGCGCGAUGCUAAGCAGAGGCUGAGCGCUGCCCAAGUCCUGCAGCACCCCUGGGUGCAGGGGUGUGCCCCAGAGAACACCUUGCCGACACCCUUGGUCCUACAGAGGAACAGCUGUGCCAAAGACCUCACAUCCUUUGCGGCUGAAGCCAUUGCCAUGAACCGGCAGCUGGCCCAGUGCGAGGAAGAUGUGGGGCAGGACCAGCCUGUGGUCAUCCGAGCUACCUCACGCUGCCUACAGCUGUCCCCACCCUCCCAGUCCAAGCUGGCCCAGCGCCGCCAGAGGGCCAGCCUGUCCUCUGCCCCUGUGGUCCUUGUGGGGGACCGUGGGUAACCCUUCUGAGUCCCCUCUGUACAUAGGCCCUGCCCCAUGGAGGCUGCAGGUUGGGGACCUGAUACCAUUCAGCCCGGGGCAUUUGCUGGGGGUGUUUGGUUUUCCCUCCCUGUCCCCAGGCCCACCCCCACUCCCCAUCUCCUGCCUAUGUUUUCAUUUCUUUCACUGCUGUUGAAAGUGCCCUGGAGGAGAGUGGAGGGUCCUGGCUACUGUCCUGUGCCCUGCGAUGCUCGCCUGUCAACUGUGAAGGUCCCACAACCAGUGCCCCAGCCCCACUCCAGCCACUCUGUCGUCUUCCAGAACUGGGGUUCUGUAAGGUCACCACCCUAACCCCUCUUAGGCCCUCAGCGUUUUCAGGGACAGGCUCCCUUCCCAGUGACUGACCACAGCAGCCCCUUGUCCCUCUGCAUCAGAGCACCAGAAGGGGAUGCUCCCAGUCACCCCCCCAGCCCCUGGGUUCCACUUUUCUGCCUGCCUGCCUGCCUGCCCCUUGGAGACUGACAAUCGGGUUCUCCCAGGCCUCUACGCACCUUGAGUAGACCCGCCCGCUCCUCCUACCCAUCUCCCAGGAACAGAGUUGAGGGGACCCGGGAGGAGGACCCUGAUCCCAGCUGGCUCCACCAGGACAAGGGAGACACUGCUCAACUGUCUUCCCACCCCAGGGCACCCAGGUGCCCCUUCUCAGGGCUCAGCCUGACCUGGCCACAUCCUGCCCCCACUUCUUUUGUCCCUGGGUGUGGGGUUUUGAGGCUUUGCCCACCACGUCCUGUUGCCCAGAGCUCCAGCCACACCCAGGAGUCCCUCACCUUCCCUCUGCCUCCAAGGGCAGCGUUGGACAUGCCCACUUUCAGGAAAAGGGCUGAAGCUGCCUUGACCUCCUUUGGGGCACCCAGGAGGAGGACUGCUGGGUGGCCCACCUACGCCAGCCCAACCUGGGCCUGGGAGCUGACCCUGGCCAGGAGCUACUAUGCAAUACGAGUUCCCAUUUUCUACAGGCAUGGCCCUGCUGGUCGGGGGCAGCUGCUGGGGGACCUGGCCACCCUGCCUGGCCACAGCCCUGCUCAGGUGUCUCCAGGGCUGGGACAGGCAGCCCCUGGCCUCAAAAAUAUGUGCUUGAGAUUGUUUGUAAUGUUAAGUUUAGUUUUUUCUUUUUUAAAGAAAAAAAUUUGACUUGCUCCCCUGUUGAAGAAUACUUGAAUGUGGAGGGCCCUGGUGGAUGGUCACCUGGGACACCACUGCCCAGCACCUCUACCCUCCCUGGUCUCAAAGGACUGCCACAGUAGGGGGUGACAGUCCCCUAUGCUCACUCUACCUGCAUCUGUGGACCGACUUUCCAAAGAGCCCCAGAGGAGGCUUUGGGGGGGUGCUCCCAGGCACCCUGGUUCUCACCAGGCAGUGAGACUCUGUCCCAAAUCUGAGGACCCUUGCCCCCCAUGGGUUCCUGAGGUCACCUGACAGUGUGGGGAUCUAGACAGCGGGCAGCUUUUGAUGCCUUCAUCUCCAACCCUAAGCUCCUCACUGUGAAGAAGACAGUACUUGCUGGGGUGGCCGGGCCACAGAAAGAGACACAGAAAAAGAAAAAUGUUUUUAAGUGGGGGAAUACAUGCACUUUUAACCCCAUUGUACCAGGUGAACUGACAGCUCCAGACUCCCUUUUCACCGACUGUCAAUGCCAGAAUUUUGUAUUCUGUUUUGUAAAGAUUUAAUAAAAGUCAUUAAAAACA